ACCGACUGUAAAUCUUUGUCUUUUGUUCCUGGCUGCACAAGAUGAGAACAGUGCUGCUCGUUGUUUUCCUGCUGCCUGUGCUGAUGGUGGCGGCACAUCCAGCACCAGGGAGCAGCGAACUUGUGGUUUCUCUGAAAAGUGGCCAAAUCAGAGGAGAAUAUGUGACUGUAAAAGGCACAGAGAGGAGGGUGAAGCAAUACCUGGGGAUUCCCUUCGCCAAGCCGCCUGUAGGGCCCCUCCGGUUCGCUGCCCCAGAGAGCCCGGAGCCCUGGGAGGGGGAACGAGACGGCACACAGCAGCCCCCCAUGUGCGUCCAGGAUCGAGAAAUAGUCAUAAAUAUUUCCAUAGCCAUGUCUAUGGACUUCUCGGUGCCAGAGGUUUCAGAGGACUGUCUGUAUCUAAACGUCUACACUCCAGCUGAAACCACGCCAGAAGUUAAGCUGCCGGUAAUGGUGUGGAUCCACCCAGCAGGAUUUCUGGCUUUCGGUGCUGCCUCCCAGUACGAUGGUUCCUCAUUGACUGCAUAUGAAAACGUUGUGACAGUCGUUAUCCAGUACCGUCUCGGCAUCCUGGGAUUCUUGAGCACUGGAGAUGAACAUGCCAAGGGAAACUGGGGUUUGUUGGAUCAGCUGGCUGCUCUCAGGUGGGUGCAGGAAAACAUUAAUUCCUUUGGCGGCGAUCCACAAUCUGUCACAAUCGCUGGGGAGUCUGCAGGAGGUUUCAGCGCAUCCAUACUGACUCUGUCUCCCCUGUCGAAAGGACUCUUCCACAAGGCAAUCUUUCAAAGUGGAGUUGCAACUCUUGGGGCCUAUACUUCGGAUCGGCCUCUUAAUCAGGCCCAUACUGUUGCCAGGCUUGCUGGAUGUUACAUGAACAGCACAGAAGAACUGGUCCGGUGCCUCCGAGGGAAAACUCAAGAUGAAUUAAUUUCUGUAGGCAAACAGAUCAAAAUUAUACUCGGAGCCACUGCUGAUGGCGAAUUCCUUCUCGACACACCUGAGGUUCUUCUGCAGAGGAAAGAAGUUCUGAACAUCCCAGUGAUGAUGGGCGUCACCAACCAUGAGUUUGGCUGGAUGUUGCCUCAGAUCUUCGCUCCUCCUGGUUGGGAUAAAGGCAUGAACGUGGAGACGGUGAUGGUGAUGGUCCCCUUGUUUAAUCCUAAAGGGUCUUUUGCCAACAUUCUCAUCGUGAUUACGUAUCUGAAAGACACAAAAACCCCACAGGACAUCCGAGACGCCUUCACGGAGGUCAUGGGAGACUUGGUGAUGGUGCUGCCCACCAUCAAGGUGGCCGGAUACCACACAGACGCGGGCGCUCCGGUGUACAUGUAUGAGUUUGUGUACGUUUCGGAUGGACCCAUGCCCAACAGGCCGAGCUUUGUGAAGGCGGAUCACGCUGAUGACGUCGGCUACAUGUUCGGAGCAUGUUUCUGGAACGGACACAUCAGAAUUACUGUCAACUGCACUGAUCAGGAUGAGAGGUUUUCCAGGACCAUGAUGUCUUACUGGGGAAGUUUCGCCAGAACUGGCUCUCCUAAUGGUCCUGGUCUGGUGAACUGGCCGCUGUACGACAGGCAGAAGCAGGAGUACAUGGAGCUGGGUCAGACCCAGUCUGUGAAGCAGAAACUGAAGAAGGACAAGGUCGAUUUUGUCACUUCCGUUCUCCCUUAGAGGCUGCAGCAGAUGGAAGCAACAGUCGCUAAAGCUGCAAACUGAGCAUCGAGUUGUUUUAUUUUUAGCUCAGCUUUUUAAUAAUACUUAUAAUGCAGUUUGAUAGGUAUUUUCCUUUCGAACCUAAAUAAAAGAAAGAACCACAGACAACGUAUAUGAAUUUUAUGUAGAGCUUUUGCAAAAGGAGAACACACAGAGAACUGCUCCUCUGACCAGUUCACCAUGUGUUCUGAAACUCUGCAGUAGAGCUUGUCUUUUUAUUAACACAAAACAAAAGCAAAGGGGGCUGGUGCUGAUAAGAUUAGGAGCCCCCGAAACGAACACAAUCAAACACAGUUUUACGACUAAGGAAUUUCUACCUAGGGGACAGUCAGGAAAAACAACAAAGGUCGUAAAACUUCUGAUACAAUCAACUAGCAACCCAGUUCCUAGGUGUGAUAACUAAUCAAAGGUCUGAGAAACACAUUGUUAACUGUUUCACAUGAAGAUAAACAGACAGUUGUGACUUCCAGGUCAGUUCAUACACACAUAAGGAAGAGAAUCACUUUAAAAGAAAAUCACAAUGUUCUUUAGACUGAAUGUAAUCUAAAGGAAUAAUAAAAUGAUAAUACCAAACAAUCUCUAACACAGUUAAUGCUGAUCACUGCCUGCAACAUCUAGACUUUUUUUAGUCUUUUGAUUCAGGCUGCUUUGCAAACUGGAUGUAAUUAAAAAAUGUCUUCAUUCAUGUUGUGUAAUUGUUGUUUCGCUCUUAUUUUUCUACAUUAGAUUAAAGCAGGAUGCAUGAAUAAAACAUCACAUCUUUAUCAGAGUUGUUUGAUUCAUGGGGAAAGUUUCUGCACAAAGUUUCUUUCAAACUCUGGCCGAUUAGAUUGAUAGUGACUUCCUAUCAAUCUAAUUGAAACAGAAGCUCCAAGCAAUUGCUAUGAAACAGGGAUGUCCAAAGUGUGGUCUGGGGGCCAUUUGUGGCCCUCAAAAUGACUUUGUUUGGUCUGAGACCACAAGUCAAGAAAGGUUAAAAAUGUGGCUAUCAAAAUAGUCCCAAUUGGUGA